AGCUUCUGUAUAAGGCCUAUAGUGAGAGGCUUUCGUCUUCAGGCACUGAGGUAUUUUGGACGAAAAAAUUUUGCAUUAAAGGUAUUAAAGGUUAGGAAUCAAUACUUACACGUAAAAAUACUUAAACGGAUAUUCACGAGUGGUACCUUUAAGAUGACGACUUCCAAUCCAACUCGUCGAAAUAUAUGGGUCGAAGCCAUGCGUCGUCAGGCAACGAAGUUAGCCUCGUAACUCACCAGCCACUGCAACAUCACCAUGUUGCAGUACGCGGCGCUGAUGUCGCUGCUGACGCUGGCGGAGGCGGGCGCGGUCGCGUGGCUGGCGUGGCGCGCGCUGGCGUGGCUGCGCUCGGAGCGCGCGCGCGAGCUGCAGGAGCUGCUGGAGGCGCGCGACCACCUCAGCGCCGCGCUGCACAUCCUCGGCAAGUGGCUGCCGCUGCCAGAGAAGAUCAACGAGCUGAUCCUUGAGGCCGAAUCGGACCUCCCUUGCAACGGGUAUGCGGCAGCGGGCGCUAUCGUGGCGCUGCUGGUGCUGCAGCCCGCGGCGGCGGCGCUGGCGCUGCUGGCGGCACGCGCGCCCGCCCCCGCCCCCGCCCCCCGCGCGCCCCGCGCCCGCCCGGGCCCGCUCGCCAGCACGCCCAGCGCCGGCGCCGACUCGAGGACCGACCACCGCCGCACUCGCCAGAAGCGUAACAGUGAGGCGAGCACAGACAGCGAGAAGGCUCCCUUGAGGACUGAGUAUAGGAACGGCAGGCUUGUAGUUGUUUGAUGUGCAGUAUUAAAAGAGAAUUAAGUGAACAAAUUGUUGACUAAUUGAGGUAUAGUGCUCGUUUAUUAUAAGUUUGUUUAACCGCCUCUGUGGUCUAGUGGUAAGACCACCUGCUUCAGACGCAGACGUCCCGGGUUCCGAUUCCCAGUGGGAGCAGAUUUUUCUGUUCGGUCUGGUUGGUGGUAGGGCUUGUUCUAAGUCCGCCUGGCUAGCUGCCACCAUCUUACCUAAGUCUGUCGCCAUAACAACAAUGUUAACAGCAUUGUUGUUUUCCGGCAGUUAGAGGUAAGAUAGCCAGUUCCUCCGUGGUUGAGGAUUCCGGGUGAAGCUCGCUUCCACUUUCGGCUUGAUCAUCAUCACUUACCAUCAGGUGAGAUACAGACCAAGAGCUUCCUCGUUGUGGAUAAAAAAAAAGACUUUUUUUUAUAAAAACAACAACCGAAAACCGAAUUGAGAAUAAGCCUUUUAUUGAAAUCGGUAGAAUGCUAUUUAGGUAAUAAUAAUAGUAGGUACAUGUGAUUUUCUAGAUAAAGUAGGUAUAGGAAUAUGUUACAGUCAAAACUCAUAAUCUGUCAAAAGUGGUUUUGACCAAUGACCAAGGGCGUUAGUCAAAAUCACUUUUGAGCGCAAAGAUUUUAUUUAUAAAAAAUAGUAUACCUACAUAAAAUAAUAGUGCUCGAUUAUUUAAUUGACAUGAUAAUGAGUUUAUUAAUUUUUAACUGUUUUAUGUGUUGUAAUUUUAAUUUCCUACUUUAAA